AUGGCGAAAGUGAGUGUGCCAGGGGCUCCUUGUCCAGCCCUUGUAAAGGCUGGCCCUUCCACGCCCUCUCCCUUGCAAAUUGUCUUUGACCAGCUGCCAAUGUUUGUCAAUUCCUUGAACCUGGAACCCAAAUCGUUCAUAAGAAUAGCGGGUGAUAUAUUACCUAAUGCCAGGAGAUUUACAAUAGACAUGGGCAUGGGUGGUCCUAACCUUGCACUGCACUUCAACCCACGCUUCAACUACCAUGGUAGUCACAAUGUCAUAGUCUGCAACAGCUUGCAUGAUGGCUAUUAUGGGACGGAAAUAAGGCAGAGACACUUCCCGUUUUCGAAGGGGACCAAGGUGGAGGUAUGCAUAACAUUUGAUGGGCCUUUCUUUCUUCUGAGGCUGCCGGACGGCUAUGAGUUCACUUUUCCGAAUCGCACUGAGGCAACGGUUAUUAACUACGUGGGAGUCCGUGGCGACAUUGUAGUUAGAACACUAGCCUUCGAAUGA